CAGCCCAGCCCGGGAGUCGGGGCCGCCGUGCCGCGAGUCCCCGCAUCCCGCGAACAUGGCGCUGCGAGCGGCAUGGAGUGCCCGGGCCGCCGUCUGCAGCCUGCACGCCGCCCACACGUUGCCGCGGCCCUGGGCACUGCGGGCGGGCGCUGUCCGGGCACUGAGUACGGGCUCAGCCCGGCUCUCGGUGCGUAAAUUCACAGACAAACAUGAAUGGAUAACAACAGAAAAUGGUAUUGGAACAGUGGGAAUCAGCAAUUUUGCACAGGAAGCUUUGGGAGACGUUGUUUACUGUAGUCUACCUGAAGUUGGGACAAAACUGAACAAACAAGAUGAGUUUGGUGCUUUGGAAAGUGUGAAAGCUGCUAGCGAACUCUAUUCCCCUCUCUCAGGACAAGUGACUGAGAUCAAUGAAGCUCUUGCCGAAAAUCCAGGACUUGUCAACAAAUCUUGUUAUGAAGAUGGUUGGCUGAUCAAGAUGACACUGAGUAACCCUUCAGAACUAGAUGAACUGAUGAGUGAAGAAGCAUAUGAGAAAUACAUAAAAUCUAUUGAGGAGUGAAAGUGGAAUCCCUUAAUAAAUGGAAACAACUUAAUCUAGCAUAGUUGUCUUAAAUUACUGGUGGAUAGAAGGUUUAACAUAGCAGUUUUUAGCAGCAGCAAUGGAAAAACUACUUGCAACAACGUUACAGGAAAGAAAAGUGCCUUAACUUUCUCAUGAUUACAGAUGAACAUUAUAUGUAUCUUUUCCACAACACCAAUAUAAUUUGCCAACAUUUGGAUUUAGGUCCAAAAUGGUCUGGCAGUGAAGCAAAGUUGUAGGUAUGCAGUGUCAGAUGAAGUUAAUUUUGCAAUAUUUUAUAUUUGCUGGUGCUAUUUUUAUACAAUGAAGCAACAGCCUCACAGGAAAAUAAGGAUGUGUUAAUAAUAAAGCAUUCAACUUCAUUAAUGA